CAACUUCUGUCAGCACUCUUCUUUACGGAACCGCGGCCACAAAGUCCACAGGAGCGGUCUGAUAAUUAACUGACAGCUCGCCAUCCUUCUGACGCAGCUCUUUCUUUCUAUCUUCUGCACACGCUUGUCAUCGGACUACAUAGUAACGCGAACUUCAUUAACGCAGUACUUGCGACAGCAGCUCGUUCUCACACAAGCCGUAUUCCGCCUAACUUGAGCACCUGGUGUCACAUCGGCUUCUGAUUCACACCGCCGGGCCUCAACCGACAUCCGACUGCAGCGGGAGCGCAUCAUACGUCGUAUCCAAGUCGCCUCUGGCUCAGCUCCGCCAACAGAUACGACAGAGUGCACACUUGCUCCGCUUGCUGUUCCUUAAAAGGCAGAUCGAACAACGACCCUCUCGUUACAGAGUGACCCGGAGCGGAGUCGCCUGAACUUACUUCGCUGUCAUCAUGGUCAAUGUGCGGGGUGACUGGUCAAGAGAGGCCUUCCCCCGACAUCAGCCACAAUGGCACCAGCACCAAGACCGGAGUGUUGAGACGACAUAUGAUGAAGGGCGUUAUCACGAACUAAAUGAUGCGCGUCGGCCACCUCUUGACAUUGAGAAGGCUCUGCGAGAACACUGCAACAUUCCUGCGCGGCACUACUUUGUGGCUGCCAUACUCGACGAUGGUUCCACGCAAACAUUCUCUGGCCCAGGUCGAAACCACCCAAGCUCUGCCAGUUCAUUCUUCGACAUGGAUCGUUUUCGACAGCAAGUGAGGAGAGCAGACGCGGGCGCCAUUGGCCCCAUGCACGAUGAUCCUGAACUGAGCUAUGCCAGUGAACAGUACAGGCAACAAGCGCCAUUAGGAUAUGGAUCCAGCGCAGCAGAGAGACGUCGACAGGGCAGCGAGGUAUUCGGUUCUGACGAUUUUUCUCAACCGCGAAAGAGGGCUAGGGCGUACCGGAGACCCAUCGAUGACGAUAGCGACAUCCCGUCUGUGACGAUGGGCCCUGUGACAAAGGGGCUGAAAAUAGGCGACACCGAUGAGGUGAGGAAGUUCUACGAUCAGCGAUUCAGGAACUGCCAACAGACAGCCUUAGAGCCCAACGAAAAACAGCACCCAUCUAUUCAGAAGAUGAAUCUUACGGUCGAAAAACUCAAGGAAGCGACAGAGGAAGCCUUGUCCAUGUUUUUCUCUGCCAAGGAGAAUCAGAAGAACGCCAAGAAGAAGCCGUAUCUGGAUGAGAUUUUUAAGGUUGCGCUCAGCGAACAGCGGUUCAAGCAUGGAGAGAUAGAUGCGGAUACACAGGUCUUCGUCAUGGCCGAAGAGCGAUUUCCAGGGGCUGGCAUGUCGGAACACGAUGACAGUGCUCCCGUCAAGGAUGAGUGCGAACCUCAGUCGGCUUCCAGCACGUCGCCUUCCAAAUCCACUGCGACCCAUGACACCCUUAUGCACGGUUCAAGUCACGACCACAGCCCUGCCGGGGGGCUUCAGGGCAGCUCGUACAUGGAUGGUCUGCCUCCUCGCGGAGGUGCACCGUAUACGCAGCAGCUGCUUCAGCCCAGCAUGCACGCGGACCAGCACUUUGUCGAUAGCGAAAGACUUCAUUCGUCAAGCGGUAUACCGAUGCAUGAUAUCGGCCCUGGCCCUCAAGAUGGCCACCGCAGGGCUUCGCUCUACACUUCACCUACCGAAUAUGCCAACCCACAGUCUGCGGGCAUCUACAAUCAGUCGUGGCAGCCAGGGACAACAGCGCCUGGCCCGGCCUCUAUCUACCCAUUUUCGUCGACGCCUACUCCGCCUAGCCAAUUCAACAAUCAUGCUGGCGUGCCACUCGCCCAAACUCCUUUCAUUGCAGCACAAUACGACGGCCUCUCGCGGGGAAACUUUGAACAGGGCGGUAUGUUCCCAUCCGGAACAACUGCAAACCAGGGCCAUGUACAAGGCUCUCAGGGUUUCCCCACGUACACACUAGGCCAUGAUGGACGGUCCAUGUCCAAUGCCGGCGUCAAGUCUGACACGCUGCCUCGGCUCCAAUAA